GAAACCACGGGUUACACAGAAAUGCUGCAGUUUCACCGGAUCCAGCAAGGUUGAAAGAUAUGUCCUAACGUGUAUUUUUUCAGUCUUGUUAAAGCAACAAAGAGUUUAACUACCAAACUCCAAUUAUUUGCGAAACGGCGAUCAAUUUCCGAACUGCAGUUCUCGUAAAGGACUGAAAUUUGCCUCGAAACAGAUCGUUCGUCGCCAACCUGACUUCACACAGGAAAUCUAAUAUAGGGGAUAAUUUUUAAGGAGAGAAUCUUACUAUGACAAGUUUCAGCAUUUCUUCAACCAUGUCCACUGAAAACUUCUCGACGACUAUCAGUGGAACAGUAGAGUCGCAGGGUGUGGAAAUACUUAAGAGCACGCUUUAUGCGACUUGUGGUGUCUUUGGUGUUGUCGGUAACAUCCUAACGACAAUUAUUUUGACGAAGAUCAAGGCGAAGGAAACGAGAGUAAUGGAUUUCUACAUGAUUAACUUAGCCAUAGCGGAUUUAGGAACUUUGCUCUUGGCAUUUCCAAUUACCGCGAUACGAGAGAGACUUCCGAAUGAUUGGCCAUUUGGAGAGUUUGUCUGUUUGUAUUUCCUUCCACUUACCGACAUAUUUCACGGCUCGUCUGUUUGGUUCAUUACAGCAGCUGCCAUAGAAAGAUAUCAGAAAAUUGCCAGGCCUUCCAAAGUAAACGUCAAACUGCCAAUAGCAUUGAAAAGAGCACAGAUCGUUGCAGUGAGCACAUGGGUGGCGUCAUUCGUCGUCUUUUCAUUACCGCUCUAUUUUGUUCUUCGCUACAGAGAGGUUUCUACCGAUGGAAGAUUUUGGUGUGGUUCAGAGUGGCCUUCAUUAGGCGCAGGCCUCGCUCUAUCCAAACUUUACUUUACUUUCAUGGUCUUUGUAUCUUAUGUUAUGCCACUAUUUGUAAUAUCGGGAACAUUCCUCGCAGUGUCGCACAAACUAAAUAAAAGCAGCAAGUUUAUCCACGUUAUCAAUUCGCAACAUGAGAAAGACAGUGAAUUACUUAACUUACACAGUAGAAAGUUUAGCCCAACAAGAAGGCAUGCCAAUCGGCUCGCUCAAAACAGACGCGCUAAAAUGAUUUUAACACCAGUUGUUGGAGUGUUUGCUGUGUUCAUGCUUCCGCUGACAAUUCUUCGCCUAUACGUUGUAUUUUGGCCCCCUAUUUUCACACAAACAUUUUACAGCGACUUGCUGUUUGUGGUUUCAGUUGGUGUUAUAAUCAACUCGUCUGUAAACCCGGCCAUAUACUCGGUGGUUAGGAAAGACUUCCGUCGCCAAAUGGUCCGAUUACUUUGCUGGAAGAGAAGAUCAUCGCGGGGCCAGAAGCAUAAUCGAGCUAUUGUUUCUGUCAAAUCGGGUCUCAAUCAGAUUUCUCGUUCUUGAAUCAGAGAUAAAAUGGAAUCGCGUUUAACUCGAAGAGGUACAUUCAGCUGCUUUAAGGAUUAAUUUGUUUAUUCUUUUCUUAAGCACGUUUUCGAUUGACGUUGUUUAUCGAGUGUAUUUUAUAAAAUAGCCAACGUUAUAGGGUACAGUUUUUAUUAAAGCAUUCAUCAUAUGUCACAAACGAGAAUUCAGCAUAACUCUGUUAUAUUUAUAAACU